AUGGUGAAGAGUCGGGAGAGGGUUAGGAAGGCAGAGAGGGGAGCGGCGGAGGCAGCGCCGGCGGGGAGGAGCAAGAUGAAGGUGAACAAGGGGGCUUGGACUGAGGAGGAAGAUCAGAAGCUAAUCGAGUACGUAAGAACUCACGGCAAUAGGAAGUGGAGGACCCUCCCCGCCAAAGCCGGUAACUCUCUCUCUCUUUCUCUCUCUCUCUCUCUCUCAUCCUGGAGGACUACUGAGAGGAGAUCCGUCGCCAUCUGCGGCAGGGUUGAACAGGUGUGGGAAGAGCUGCAGACUGCGGUGGCUCAACUACUUGAGGCCCGGCAUCAAGAGAGGAAACAUCUCUGAGCAGGAGGAGGACAUGAUCAUCCGCCUCCACAACCUAAUUGGCAACAGGUUCCCUCUCUUUCUCUCUCUCUCUCUCUCUCCGAUCAUUUGUCGGGAUGACGACACAUCAAUCAGCAACGGGCAAGAGUCUCUUCGGAAACACACCUCUAAACACUCACCACUGUAGAAAGGAGGAUUAAUAUGAGAAUCUUCUAAUGGCCCUUCAAAUUGAUGACUGAUGGAGAAAUGCAACGCGGUUGGACAGGUGGGCUCUUAUCGCGGGUCGACUGCCUGGUCGAACAGACAACGAGAUCAAGAACUACUGGAACACCCACCUCAGCAAGAAGACGCUCACGAUCACCGACCUCAACAACAGGCUCAACGGGCAGGAGGGCCCGGACGCCGCUUCCGACUCCGAGAACCCGCCAAGCUCCGGCGGCUUUCCCACCAGCUGGCUCAAUACUGAGGACCAGCAAGCCUGCCGCGACGCGUGCCCGCAGCAGUGGGACAGCGGCGAGCCGGGGGAGAUGUCGUUCGACUUGAGCGAGCUCUUCGGCUUCUCCGAGGUCAUCGACUUUGCCCAGCUGGAAGUCGGUGGCUCCUCGGAGGAUGAUGCGCUCCCGAUCUGCCCAAGCCCCUGGACGGCACCGGCAGACCAUCCGUUCGAUUCCCCGCGGUUCGGAGGGGAGAUCUCCAAUCUGGGUGUGGACCUAGGGACGUGGAUGGACGAUGCCGAUUAUCCCAUGCUUUAA